UGUUUGUGUCUGUGCGCGGAGAGAAAGAGCCGAGAGGCAGGUUACUUUGUGCGGAGGCUGAACACUGAGCUACAUUGUAACUCCGCACACAAUGGGAUCUGAGGCCGCGCCGAGUGACGUGACUGUUUUCCCAGGCCACGCAGGGAGAGGAGAUUUUGCGGAAGCUUGGGCUAACAGGAAACGCCGAGACUCUGGACCCGAAAGGUUGUGGUUACAUUUUACUGGAAAAUGCAGUUCCAUGUGAGACACGGCUAGUAACAGCUCUCGUCAAGGUUGCCGAUUAAAGGGCUUCGGAGUGAAAAUUUCCGCUAACAUGACGUGCCGGGAUAUACACGCAACUACUGUUUUUGCAUUCGUAAUUGCCCUGUUUUCAGUGGGAGGGCUCGUGAUAGCUACCCUCAUUCCACAGUGGAGGGUGACCGCGCUAACCACCUUCAACAAAAACGCCAAGAACGUCACAGUCUACGAUGGGCUCUGGGCGAAGUGUGUCCGCUUGGAGGGCAGUACGAACUGUUUAAUAUUUGACUCGGAAUGGUACUCCAGAGUAGACCAGCUGGACCUCAGAGUUCUUCAGUUCGCCCUUCCCAUCAGCAUUUUCUUUUCCUCCCUUUCACUGUUCCUGGGCUUAACGGGAAUGUGUAAGACGGCAUGCUGCUCUGAUGUCCCCGACGUCCCCCUCACCAAGUGCCUUGUCAACAGUGCAGGGUGCCAUCUAGUGGCCGGUAUAUUUUACUUCUUGUCGGGGGGCAUUGGUAUGGCCCCUUCGGUCUGGUUCAUAUUUUACACUUCCAAUCUAAACAAGAAGUUCGACCAUAUAUUUUCCACCGACUUUGCAGCGUAUGUGGCAAUAGGCAGUUCAGGCGGUCUGCUUCUGGCAGCCUGUCUUUUGUUUCUGUGGUACUGUUUGUGCAAAACGCUGCCUUCUCCCUUUUGGCUGCCGCUGUAUUCCCAGCCUGCUGCCGUUCAUGCCUACCCUCCUCACUCACCCCCCUCCAACAGCUACUCUUCUCCAGUUUACCCUCCUCAAGCCUGUGUCCCUCAGAGCUAUGGAUCUCAAGUUUCUAACCCUCAGGCCUAUGUCUCUCAAACGUCUGUUCCACAAGGAAUGGGCCCUCAUACUUAUAUGUCUCAAAUCUCUGCUCCUGACGGUUAUGGCUCUGAAGUUUGUGCCUCGCAAGCUUAUGCCCCCCAGAGUUAUACAUCUCAGAGUUACGGGUCUCCGGACUAUCGGUACUCCACCCGUUCCAGGUUGUCAACCAUUGAAAUCGAUAUCCCGCUACAUGGGCAGGCUUAUUGAAGGAUCCCUACCGCUGUUGUCUUUCUGCUGAUCCAGAACUUGCACGUUAACUAUUUUCUGUGCCAUAUGGGAAUAAAAUGAUUGAACUUCCUGCCAAGAGCAAGACAAAGCACUGCAUGGAUUCAGCCCAGCUGCACACACACUGAAGCAGUGGCCCCACGAUUCCCACUCCAGCGUGAGCUGUCUCCUGUGCUGUAUAAUACAUACAAGAAACAUCUCCAAAUCAUAAAAGACUGUGAACGUGCAUCGCAGAAAAAGGAGACCAGUUUCUUUAAAACUGAAAUGUACAGGGUUUGUGUUGGAGAAACUUUCAUUUCUGUGCCUUCUACAUCUUGGAGGCUGUUUUGAGCAGUAUUUGCCGAUUUGAGUCUGCUGGAGUACUUCUUAGCAGUUUUUCAGAUACAGUAUUUUGUACACUGUAGUUGUAUAGAGUUUAGUAGGCUGUUAUUUCUUGGUGUCUGAUGCCUGAAACCAGACUUUUGACAUUGUACAAUUAUUUGCAAAUGGAUUUAAAAACCUAAUUAAACAUCCAUAGAACCAGUAGGUAGAACAUUCUAAGUUCAUUUUUGUGUCUCUGUGAACUUUCGUUUUUAUGCUACAUGUUUAAUAGAAGUAAAUGAAAAACAAAAUACCAGUGCAGAUGCACAUUAUCUGUUACAAAGUCACUCUCAAGAGCAGCAUCAGUGGAAUGGUUUUGUACUCAUGUUUUUGUACAGUGCUCUGAAAUUAAAAUGAUUUUGUGCUUUGUUAAAA